AUGUUUAGGGUCGCCACACUGGGCAGUAGACGCCAGCUUCACACCGUGCCUGUGUUAAAAGACCACUCUAACUUCCUUGCAAAUGGUAUCAAAGGCUUGUACUCCCCAGCAGGUUACAAGUCCGCAUGGCUCGACUACCAGAAGUACUUGACCACCAAUCUUACCUUGAAUACCUCUGGUACCGAAAAUGAAAGCAGAUCCACAUACCAGAUCUUGUUGCUGACUGCCAAGCAGACGACAGAACAACAUACCUUUCACUAUGCUUCGCAAGCUCAUAACAACCAUCUUUUUUUUGAACAACUUGCAGACCAGUCGGAAGCGGCAGCUACAAAGCCCUCGCGGUUCUUAAUGGAACGUUUGGCCGACCAGGACAUCGCAUCAGUCGACCAGCUCAAGCAGAAGGUGGCAGUGUUAGCCGAAUCUGCGCUAGGCCAAGGCUGGAUCUUCUUGGUGGAAUUGCCAGAUAAGUCCACCAAACUCAUGUUGUGCAACAACGAUGGCACGCCGUACUACUACGGCAAGAACCAGAGCUUGGACUUGAACGGAUCCAUUGACGAGAACAGCUACAAUGUGUUACAAGGCUUAAAGGAGAAGGCUCAGGCUGGGGAGUUGGACUUCACCUUACCUCUUUUGGCCAUCAAUUUGUGGGACGUGGCCCAUGCAGAGGACUACGGGCUUAAUGGCCGUGGCGACUUCUUGUCGAAGGUGUGGAACUGCAUCAACUGGGAUGUUGUUAACAAAAGAAUGUUCCAGGUUUAA